GUGUGGAGGUGGCCUAACCGUCACGUCCGGCCAGUCCUCUGCCAGCCUCACCAUGAUCGGUAUCGUCUCCGUCCUCCUCUCGACGCUGCUGCUGGCGCAGGCGAGUGUGACCCCGUCCGAGUUCCGGAUGGAGGACAUGGACGGCCCGCUGUACUGUCUGAUGGAGUCGGGCGAGACCAAGGCCGUGCUGGGCUACGCCUUCGCACGCAACCUGCCCAUCAUGCCCAGCAUCCACGCCGCCUCCAGCUUCCUAGGCCGCGGCAUGGAGAACAUCGUCAAUAUCGGCAAGAUGACUGAACUCAACUGCACGGGGUGUGUCAUCAACCUGCCGGAGGACUGGGAGCCGGAGGACUUCGCCGACAAGCCGCUGCUUCAGCAGCCCGAGAAACCUUUCCCGGUGCCGUUCUGAGUUCUGCGUCAAAGCCCUCCUGUACGCAGAGGCCCCGCCUUUACCGCAGGUGUUUGGCAGUCCGCCACAUGCGUUAUGCAGCAUGGAGCAACGUGGCACAACUGGGACUUUCUCUCGAGCCAAUGAUCAACCUGCAGGAGAGUCGAGCUGUCACCGGCUGGCGGUCGUUAUUUCGCAAUGCAAUAUAUCGCAAGACUUCACAUUUGGCACGCUGGAGGCCUGAUAUAUCGUGGAUAUGUUUGUUAAUACAUUUGUAUGUGUACCUUGGAA